AGGGCUUGAGGGAGGGUUUCCUCUGUGGGAGGGAGAGAGUCCCCAGAGCCCCUGGGCUGGUCCUGCUGCCUCUCCAGGGAUGUUGCAUGGGGCCUACAAAGAGGGUGGAGAGUGACCAGAGCCAGCCUAGAGCUCCCCAAGUCCCUCUGCAGCUUUGGCCAUGUCCACUGACAUCUGGCUCCCACGGCAUUACCCAAACCCCUUGCAGUGCCCGGUUCCCUAAGGCAGAAGGGCAUCCCAGCUCACCAUGGAAUGAUUCUGAUCUGUGCUCCCUUCUAGACUGGGAUGGUGACAUGGAGCAUCUGAAAGCCCUGGCACAUAAUGGUUUGAGACCCAUGGAGAAUGCUGGAGCCAAGCCUCUUGGUGAAGGUGAUCUGGCUUCUCAACCCACAUCCAGGACUGAGGCUCUGGGAGAUGGUGAGGGUGUGUCUGCAGGGAGGACUUUCCAGGCUCCUGGGCUGGAUGCUGCACGCAAGCCCAGCUCCCGUCACAGGGGUCCUCCAAGAGGAAAGAACAAAGCUACAGGACACCGGAAACCCCAUGAGCCAUCCAAUACCAUGCAGCAAAUGCUGAAGGAAAUGCUGCAGGGAGGACAAGAGAUGAACCCAAAGGCUGUGCUGAAGGUGGCGUUUCCCGGAGGAAGCAGUGGCUCAUGGGCAGCCUCUGCUGCAGGAAGGGAGGCCAUGCCAGGCACAGUCCCAGGAGAUUGGGAUCGUGACAUGGAGCAUCUGAAAGCCCUGGCACAUAAUGGUUUGAGACCCAUGGAGAAUGCUGGAGGUCCUCCAAGAUGGAAGAACAAAGAGAUAGAAGACAAGAAAUCCCUGGAGGCAUCCCAACUUCUGGACAGGAUGCUGAGUGAUCUGGAGAGACGCCGUGUGCUGGAGCAGAUGUUUGUGCAGAUGAUGGCAUAUGCUAGAGGAAGGAAUGGCCCUGUGCCAGCUCCUGUUGCAGGAAAGGAGGAGAUGCCAGGCCCAGGCACAGGAGAAGCGCUUGGCAAGUCCAGUAUAAAUGCUGAGAAUCCACCGAGCACCCCAAGAGUGUUCUGUCCGCAGGAUGUGCGCAAGUCCUGCAUGAUAGGCACAGCAGUGACACUGUUCACAGUGCCACUUUCCAUGCUCCUGUGCUAUGUUGGAUUCCGGUGGUGGAAGGACAAGAAAUGGUAAGUUGUUGUUCAUCUCCACCCUCCAGCUUCUUGAAAGGCUGCUCAUAGUCAGGAAACAUUCCCAGUGAGGCUGCUGUGCACUUGUGGGUAAUCAGUGGUUGCCCAAAUAACUCUGCUGAGAGUUCUGCUGCUGCCCAGGCCUUUCAUUGGCCUCUUAAUUGCUGGGCCUUGUCCUGGGGAGCCCGCUGGGGCUGCAGCCAGUGCUGGCUGCCACUGAGGCUGCCUGGCCAAGAGCAGCCCCAGGAGCAGCGGGCAG